AGAGCCCGCCUCUUGACCCAUAAGGCCCUGGGUCGGAAGUUCCAUUCCCUCUUCCUGUUUCCCGUCAUGGCGCAGGAUCAAGGUGAAAAGGAGAACCCCAUGCGGGAACUUCGCAUCCGCAAGCUCUGCCUCAACAUCUGUGUUGGGGAGAGUGGAGACAGACUGACCCGGGCAGCCAAGGUGUUGGAGCAGCUCACAGGCCAGACUCCUGUGUUUUCUAAGGCUAGAUACACUGUCAGAUCCUUUGGCAUCAGGAGAAAUGAGAAGAUUGCUGUCCACUGCACAGUCAGAGGGGCCAAGGCAGAAGAAAUCCUGGAGAAAGGUCUAAAGGUGCGAGAAUAUGAAUUAAGAAAAAAUAACUUCUCAGAUACUGGAAACUUUGGAUUUGGGAUCCAGGAACACAUCGAUCUGGGUAUCAAAUAUGAUCCAAGCAUUGGUAUCUAUGGCCUGGACUUCUAUGUGGUGCUGGGUAGGCCAGGUUUCAGCAUCGCAGACAAGAAGCGCAGGACAGGCUGCAUUGGGGCCAAGCACAGAAUCAGCAAAGAGGAGGCCAUGCGCUGGUUCCAGCAGAAGUAUGAUGGGAUCAUCCUUCCUGGCAAAUAAUCCCCGUUUCUAUUCAAAAGGCCAAUAAAAAAGUUUUCAAUGAAAUGUA